GGAUAAAUAAACAAUGAUCAAUCUUCUUCACCACUCCCAAUACGAAUACCCUCCUCUCUCUUUUUAUCUCUCCGCUUCAUCCUCCUCCUCCUCCUCCUCGUCUCUCCCUCUCUCUAGAAUCUGUUUGCAUCAUCGUCGUCGUUGCAACAUGGCCAGAUCUAUGUAUCGAUCCGUAAUCCGAACUUGUUCUCCUCUAGUUUCUUCGAAACCAUCAUCAACGACAAGCAGUACAUCUCAUCAUCAUCGGUUGGUAGCCUUCCGAAGUCAAUCGAGUCAAUCGGAGUCAGCGGAGACAUUAUUGGCGGUUGAGAGGAUAGAGGACGCCAUCCACCGUAUAAUAGAAAGGAGAUCCGCUCCUGAUUGGCUUCCCUUGCUCCCCGGAUCCUCGUAUUGGGUUCCUCCGCGUAAACGAUCCUCCUACGGUAUCGCCGAUUUGCUAGAGAAGUUGGCCAAUUCUCUCACCGACGAGGAGCUCAUGUCGCUCGCCACUUCUCGCGGCUGGCCUUCCUCCGCUUUCUUUCUCAAUAAUAAUGAUGAUGCAUCUCCAGAUCCUGCAGAGGUAGAGUCAGCUUCCACAAGUACAUCACAGUCUGCGGAGGAGGAAGGAUAACACACGUUUCUGACUAACCUGGCUUCUGGGGUCAGUUUGGUUUUGCUUUUUAGCUGCAUAUUGAUUUUGAGUUACCUUGCAAAUUUACAAAUGAAUAGCUUUAUGAGAAAUGAGAUCAAUAAUCACGUAAGAAACAAGAAAUCGAUAUCGUGGUCUAAUUGUUGUCUGCACUAAUUAACUAAGCAAUAUGGUCUAUAUAAAUCUACCCCUGGGUUUUUCCCUACCCUGGAUACCCCCUUAUGAAGGAGUAUAUUAGACGUAAUUUGUAAAACGGAACUAAUGCUAUUGAGAUUAAUUCAUAAAUCGAAUAGGAGUAUUGUACUUGGUAGGCCUUUCAAUUGCCUUUCAUUUGUGAAAUAUGGCAUUGGUAAAACUUGAUUUCUGCUGUAUCAGAGUUUGUAUUGAGGUUGAUUAUCUUAUGUUACAUGUGCUGGAAGUUGGUUCGAAUCCUGAUUUUCAAGUUGAAAUGCUGAUUCUAUGUGAACCUCAAUGGAGAUGAUAUUCUAAUUCAACUGUUUGGAUGUGCAGGCUCAUCAUCACUUGUGUAAAUUUUAUGGGGUUGUGAAUAGAGAAGUAGAGGUGUAGCUGAGACCAUCUUUCGUUGUGGGAGGAGCUGUACAGAUGCAACCUGGGUAGGGAUUGGUGGGGAAUGCUGCUUUAAUUUAUCGUCUGCAGUAUCAAAACAUUCGGGCUUUUAGCUGUGUAGUUCUUUAUCUUUUUAUUAAGAGACUAGGCUGUGGAUCUGCAGUUCCAUUGUAUACCUUUUUGGACACCCUUUGUCCCGCGUCCUGUCUGAAGUGUCUGUCAUAUGCUUUUGAUUUGUGUUCUUUGCUCCUUUAAUUUGCAAUACGUAACCAAUUGUUUAGAAUCUUUUUGUGUCUCUGCUUCUGCAACUUGACUGUUUAUUGCUGGAAACCAACAAUUUAAUAUGCCCGGUGUUCUUUC